ACUGACUCUGUGAGCCGGAGAAUGGAAGAGCAGUGUGUAAGAGCAAGAGUGAGAGAGAGAGAGAGAGAGAGAGAGCACGAGUACUCUGAGUUUAUGAGAGCGCCUGCACACGCAUCAUCAGAACAGAGUCACUUCAGUUACCGUAGGACAACACAGCAGAUUGCUAUCACAGAACACUGAGAGGAGGACACUAGAAGAAAGAGAUUGACAGAGAGCCUCUCUUUAUUAAGAGGGCACAUCGGGGGACUGACAAUAGCAGCCAACCAGAAGAGUCAUAGGUCGGUGUGUGCGUGAACUUCUUCACCUUGGUGUCCUAGAGGUCACCACCCCUGCAAAGUGCCGAGAUGAUCCCGGAGGUCUUUCUGAUCUUGUGGCUGACAGGUCACGGAGUGAAUGCCAGGUUUGCACAGCAGCCUCAAGACUUGGUAGUUGUGGCUGGUCAGCCGGUCACGCUCCCCUGCUCCAUCCCUGGUUACCACGGGGUUGUGCUCUGGAUCAAAGAUGGCCUCGCUUUGGGCGUUGGAAGAGAACUUAUAGGUUACCCUCGCUAUGCUGUGGUCGGGGAUCACGGAUCUGGUGAGCACCACCUUCGCAUUCAAAGGGUGGAGCUGACGGAUGAUGCUGUGUUCGAGUGCCAGGCCAUCCAGGCUGCCAUGAGGUCUCGUCCAGCUCGACUCACUGUGCUAGUUCCACCUGAUGACCCUGUUAUCAUGGGAGGGCCCAUGGUGAGCCUGAGAGCGGGCGACCCCCUCAAUCUGACAUGUCACGCAGACAAUGCCAAACCUGCCGCCUCGAUCAUCUGGAUCCGAAACGGAGAGGUGCUGAAUGGAGCCACGUACUCUAAGACUCUUCUUCAAGAUGGACAAAGGGAGAACACUGUAAGCACCCUCUACAUUUCAGCCUCCAACAUUGAAACCGGGCAGAAGAUCAUCUGCCGGGCGUCCAACAAGGCCGUGCCCAAUGGGAAAGAGACCAGUGUCACUAUUGACAUUCAACACUUGCCGUUGGUGAAUCUCUCGGUGGAGCCUCAACCGGUCCUGGAGGGAAACCUGGUGAAGUUUCAUUGCUCAGCAAAAGCUAAUCCACCAGUCACCCAAUACAAGUGGGCCAAAGGAGGAAGCGUGAUAAAGGAAGUGUCUGGAGACACUUAUGAGGUCAUGGUGGAUCACUCGUUCUUCACAGAGCCAGUUUCCUGUGAGGUCACCAACCCGCUUGGGAGCACCAACAUCAGUCGGAAUGUGGACGUCUACUUUGGACCUCGGAUGGCUGCAGAGCCCCAGUCUUUACAGGUUGACCUAGGAUCCGAUGCUGUGUUUAACUGUGCUUGGACCGGAAACCCCUCUUUAACUAUUGUAUGGAUGAAAAGGGGCUCUGGGGUGGUGCUAAGCAAUGAAAACAUCCUGACACUGAAAUCUGUCAGGCAAGAGGAUGCUGGGAAGUAUGUGUGCCGUGCGGUGGUGCCUCGUGUUGGAGCGGCCGAGAAGGAAGUCUCUCUCACCGUAAAUGGACCUCCAACCAUCUCAAGCACACAGACCCAUCAGGCUCCACACGGGGAGAAAGGACAGAUCAAAUGUUUCAUCCGCAGCACGCCACCCCCAGACCGCAUUGCCUGGUCCUGGAAGGAGACUGUCCUGGAGUCAGGGACAUCAGGUCGCUACACAGUGGAGACAGUAAGCACAGAGGACGGAGUGCUGUCCACCCUCACCAUGAGCAACAUCGUACCCGCCGACUUCCAGACCAUCUACAACUGCACCGCCUGGAACAGCUUUGGCUCUGAUACAGAGAUCAUUCGCCUCAAGGAACAAGGUGGGAGCCAAGAUUCCCUCCCUGUUGCCGUGAUCAUCGGCGUGGCAGUUGGCGCUUUCGUUGCUUUCAUCGUCCUCAUGGGAACCAUCGGCGCGUUCUGCUGUACGCGCUCUCAGAGAAAGAAAACAGCUCAUCCAUGUACAGAAGACGCUCACCUGGUUAUGCCUACACUGCCCACCUCCAUCUGUGCUCAGCAGAGAGAACUUGCAAGCAAAAUUAAGACAGAAAACCUCAAAGGCGUGGUAUCAGCCAAGAACGACAUUCGAGUGGAAAUCGUACACAAAGAUCACAAUGCAGCCCGAGAAAACGAGGAUCACUCCGCCAUGAAACAGCUCAUGAUCGAACGGGGAGAGUUUCAGCAGGAGUCCGUUCUGAAGCAGCUUGAGGUACUUCAGGAAGAGGAGAAGGAGUAUCAGCACAUCAAGGACCCCACUAAUGGAUACUACAGUGUGAACACCUUUAAGGAGCAUCAUGGCACCCCAACCACGCUGGCCGCUAACCAGACCACAGAGCUUCGCCGAGACCCUGCCACUGCCACCACCGGCAAGCAGCGGGUUCCCACUGGAAUGUCUUUUACCAACAUCUACUCAACCUUGGGUGCCGGACCCAACCGCCUGUACGACUACAGCCAGCGGUUCGUGCUGGGCAUGGGCAGCAGUUCCAUUGAGCUUUGCGAGCGAGAAUUCCAGCGAGGAUCGUUGAGCGAUUCCAGCUCUUUCCUGGACACACAGUGCGAUAGCAGCGUCAGCAGUUACAGCAAGCAGGACGGCUACGUGCAGUUCGACAAGGACAGCAAGGCCUCUGCCUCCUCCUCGUCCCAUUACUCUCAGUCAUCAUCCCAGAACUCAGACCUCACACGGCCCCUGCAGAAACGCAUGCAGACCCACGUCUGACUGCAGGAGAUGGACAGAAGACAGAGGAAUCCAGCGCUGGGAUUGGCCAAAGGGGAUUAACCUCAUUUUCCCCCACCCCCCCACCAGAUGAGAAUCAGGAACCAGUUCAAGCACAUAUAGCACGCUAGUUUCAUUUUAUCCUCCACUUCUUUUGCUUUUAACAUUUCUUUGAUAUAUGUGGAUUUCCAAAUUUGUCCAGAUCUUAUUUACAGCUCUGAAAAGCCUUACCGGUUUCAGAACCUUGUCUUGGCCCUUCCGAAUGCUCUAAAUAUCUGGGCCAAAAACAGUGUGCCACAGUGAUGUUACUUGCCAAUGUAAAAGGAACCUAUGAACCGAACUAGUGUCCUUGUUGUAGUUACUUUGAAACGGCUCGGAAUGUCCUCCUCGAAGAAAGCAUAGCAACAUCGCUCAAAUGAACUCUUUGAAGACAGUUGAUGAAAGCUACACUUCAUAGUCCAUUCACUCCUCUGCACCACUAUAGAACAAUGCUCUGUUGCUCUUGUACAUUAAAGCACAACUGUCAAAGUUGUAUGUAAAACUUCUCAAUGCCUCUACCACAGCUAGCUAAACAAAUGAGAGAGCUAUAUAUAUAGGACAAAAAAAUGUAUGAACUGAAUUAACAACUAAUGUCAGUCAGAAUCUUAGGAUUCUGGCCCUUCUGACAAAGGUUUGUCUGACAUACAAAUGUGAGAUGUGGCUCUGAGCUGUCGGUUUACCAUGCAGAGAUGAGAUAUAUUUGUGUACUUUGUUGUUCUUUCUUUCUGAGAAUUCUUUAUUUUCAGUGUUUUAACAACAUGGUUUUAAAAAAUUCAUUGGACUCGCACUGGGAACUAGGAGGAUGAUGUAAUCUGCUUGCCUUGAGUAAGACUAUUCAAGGUGUGUCGACAUUUGUGGUUAUAAGAAGAGGGUUUUUCACUUUUUUAAAAUGCUCUUAUUUCCAAAAAGGGUUGAUUUGGGUUGGUGUGAAUAAUGCACUGAUAGUGGGAACAAUGAUGUUUGGAUUUUAAAAAUACACUCGUCCUGUUGUGUGAACUCGAAUUCUGACACUUAACAAUCUUCCUUUUGAUUCAUAAAAAAAUCAUCUGAGCUAGUUACACAUGUGCUAGAUACCUUUUCAAACUGCUUGUUUCUUGUGGAACACAAAUUUAGUUUACACUGAAAACACAGUAAAUCAAGAUCUGAGUAGUUCACUUUUUGCUCCGGAUUGAAUCUGUCUACUGUUCAUGUGGCUGCCAUUGGACUGUACCGCAUUAAGUACUCUCACUGUUAUAAGUGAGCAAUUUGUGUACAUGUUUUUUGAAUGGAGUGUGAGCAUUCGUGCUUAAUGUAAAUGUAUGUUGUUUUAUUGUUAUUUUUCUUCUUCCAAUGUUUUAGUUACUUACAGAACUAAAAUUGCAACUUACAGCACUGCUGAUAACUCAAGCACUUCUAGACUUGACACUUGUAAAGUAAAAUCACUCUUCGACCUGAAUCAGCGUACUGGAAUCAAGCUAACAGCAAUCAAGCUACGUAUGACAUGCAUAAAGACACAAACUACAAAAAAGCCAGUGUUGUGGUAUAUGAAAAGCUAGAAAUUAGAGGCAUUCAGCCAAGUAUAGUGACAAAACCUUUGGCAAGAAUAGCUCCAGACAGACAUAUUUCCAGCUGAUCUGAAAGUAUAACUCUUCCAGGGCUCUUCACAAGAGACUUUAGCUUAAGCCACAGUUCCAGUGAUGCUGACCCACUUGCUUUGCCAAAAGAAAUGGGUGCAUUUGAUUGAUUGGAUCAUUUGCUCUGUUUCCCAAUUCAUUCUGCAUUUUGGUUAUUGCUAUCUUGGGGAGAAAUAUUCAGACCGCCAAUAAAAGUCAAAAUUAUGGCAACAUGUUUCUAGUGCUAGACUAGAGUACAGCCAUUAUCUAUGUGGUGUUACAUUUAAGUGGCAUAAUUGUAUAAAAUUACAUCUGACCCCUUAUAACAAGGUUCAGGCUCAUCCCACUACGAGUACCAACCUCACUUGCAUCCAGUGAUACCGACACCUUUUUCGCUGCCAAAGUUUUCCCGGGUUAUAUGGCACUCUGAAUCUACAUUUAGUUGACUAACCCCUCCAGUCCUGCCCUGUUACAGCACAAACAGAUAGGGUGUGAAAGCUAUCAGUGUGUUUUGCUUAUCAAUGCUUCCAACACUUCACUCCUUUUUUAUCUCCUCUUCAAGUUAUCUCCCAUUCCUCCUCGCUCAUAAAGUUAAAUAUGACCAGAGGCGAUCCCUCAUAUAAACAAGGAGAAGGAACUGUGGCAUCUCGUAAUUGAACUGCAAAGAUCUUGGUUUUGACCCAGAGGAAGAGUUGUGAUUUGUACCGACCUGACAAUCCCUCCCUUUAACCCGAAAACAAGAAACACUGCAAGGUGUGACGCCGCUGAGUCAGUCGGCUCUGUAAGCACUUUACGUAUGAUUAUAUUUGUGGCAUUUCAAUGGGUUUCAUACAUGAGUGCUGUUGGAUGAGUCUAAUUUUACAAAUGGAUUGGUGCCCAUUGUGCGGCUUAAACACGAAAAGGCCUGUUUCAGUGCUGAUAAUGCAACUCAGUCCUCACUACACUGUAUAUAUCCCUCAUGCUCUCCAUGUGUAAAUUUGCAGUUAUUUUGCUUUGUUCUUUAGUCAGUUUGUUUCAUAAAGUGCAGAAACAAAUCGCACCAUUGAUGCUGUACAAACGAUCACUUUUUAUUUGAUAUGUUUUCCUCUCUCUCAACAUAGCCAAUGCUAUAGCCAUAGGCAGAGAAGUGUUUCAAAUUAAAUGUCUAUAUGUUACUUACCUUGGCCUGUCUUUCUGUAUUGAUAACUGUUUCCUGCAAGGUGAAAUGAAAAUAUACAGACCUAUGGAAAUCUUCCAACACACAACAAUCCAACUCACAGCGUGCACUGAAUUUAGAUCCAGGGUUUCUACACCUUUUGACCAUUUUGUGAUUACUGGAGAAAUCAUUUUAUUGAGAUUGACCAGAAAUGGCUGUUUGCGAGGGAGAAGAAAUACCUUAAAGCUGAGCAUAACAAGAAAUAGUCUCAAUAUUGAAGAUAUUUGUGGGUGCCCUGUAAAUAUGGAAAAUGCCAAAACAUAAUUCUCAAUUCAUAGUAUUAUCAGUUUUAAAUGCAGGAGCUGAAGUGUGAAUUUCUCCAAUACUUUAUCCUGUACUGAAGUUUAAUAAGUAGAAACAACUCUAAGUAAGCCAUUUGUAAACAGUUAUUAAAAAAAAAAAAAAAAAAAAGCCACACAUAGCAACAAUGGCUCAACCAAUGGCAUUAGUUUGAGGGUGUGGCUACCUGUUAGUUUGCGUAAUAAUAGAGGAGGGUGAAAUUAGAAAUCAUUUUUGCAAAUCUGUUUGGUGAUGCUGGUUGCACAGAAAUUAUAGACUUCCUUUUUAAAUUGCACUCGGAGCCCGAAAUUCUCGUUCAGAAAUUGAUCACGUUAAAAAAAAUAUUUACGACCUCACGUUGUGUCAAUCACACUUGCACACUGCCUCCAAAACUUUUGUCCGGCAUAAAAAAUCAGACCAGGUUGGAUUUUCUGCAUUUUUGCGUCCGUAGCAAGAAUUUUGAUAGGAAAAGAUGAUGAAUACGAACAAAUGCAUAUGGAAAUUUCAGACUCUGUGUGCAAGGAAGUUUACUCCUGACAUAAAUUGAAUCAAGGGCAGCUAUUAUACUGUUCCUUCUGCUGCUGCAUUAACUUCUACAUUACAAUGCUAAUACAGUCAUAAGGAUAUGUAUUAUUUGACAUGAACAUAUGCGAUAACAAAUUAUACCAUAUGGACUAGUCGAUACAGUCUUAAAACAUGGCAAAAGACUGAAAAAUCCCACAAAACAGGUCACCAUUCAUCUACAGAAGCUGCUAUGUGCUAGAAUAAACAUGGCGUCUGUAAGCAAAUAUUGGAUUAGGGCUGUUGUUCUGUUUGAGUAGCUCUCCGUACUCUUUUGUAGCCUAUGUACUUUUCUUAUCGCCCAGCCCUGGUGAGUUUCAAUCCUUUCUCCCACUGGACCGCAAGUCUUGCCCGCUUCAGGCACCGGAUGGUCAUGCACUUACAACCAAAGCAAACAGUUGAACAAAUACCACUCUGGAUGAUAGGACAGGGUCAUUGCCAGCUGCAGACAGCAGACCACAUUUAUGGCUUUUACAUUUCUCCCCUGACAUUUCAGCACAGCCAGGCGGGCUACUGGCUGAUGAAAUGUUAUGAAUUCCCCCUCUCAGCUAUACUGUUUUAUUUAGACCUCUCCAUUAUGACGAUCCCUGAGCAAGUUUUGUUUGAGGGUGGUUACAUUUGAGGCUGCAUAGGCAUAUUAUUGUGUAAUCAUUUCUGUACGCAUUGCAUUGGUGACCUGUGCUCUGUAAAAUGUUCAGAACAUAAGAGAGCAGAAUAUAUCAUUACGUACAAUGAUGAUCAGCUCUUUCUGAAUGGUUCGUGUCAAUCGUGUCUUUUUUACCUGUCCCAAGCACUUUCUUUUAUUUAUAUUUUUAUUUCCACAAGACAAUAUCUUGUUAGUCUUCAAGUGACAUGCUACUGCCGUAAGAAACAUGGUGUGUGCACAGAGGUCGAGAAAAUCAAUCCAGCAGUUCUGAAGUUAUUAUACUGUAAUGUACUGGGGUUAUGGAAGAAGGUUAACCACUAUUUUCUUGCAGUGACUCUCUCUAUCAGUAAAAGCAUUAAAAAGAUGUACUUUACCUGUAAUGGUCCGUGAUCUUAUGAUGCUUUGGCUCUGUAUAUUUCUGAAAGAAAAUUGAAAAUCAUUGCAAAAAGA